AUGUCGUUAACAUUGAAGCUCUCCUCCCUGGUAAUCAGGACAUUGUCCAAGCCAAUUGCUUCUCAAAUCAAAGCCCAAGCCCGCGAACAUGAACGAUUUCGCAAGGUCUGUGUCUCUAUGGCCCAGGCUCUUCACCGAUUUGAUAUGCGUCUCCGACUAGGCACUCUCCGAGAUAGUGCCGCGUCACAACGUCGAGCCGCCGCCGAAGCAGAAGCUCGAAAACACAAGCCUUCAAUGCCCACUGUUCGAAAUGCCGCCGAUACGAAAGCUGCAGAGGAGGCAGAGGCCAAGGCCAAGGCUGCGGCAGAGGAGGCAGCCAAACCCCACCACUAUCAUAUCCGUCCCCUUUCCGAGUCUAAAGCCAUCGAGUCCGGUGCCAACUUCAUCUCCGAAUCCUUCCUCUUCCUUGUUGCUGGCAGCCUGAUCCUCUUUGAGUCGUGGCGGGCACGGAACAAGGAAAGCACACGACGAGAAGGCGUGGAGGGAAGACUAGCAGAGCUGGAAAAGUCUGAAGAAGCGGCACGUGAAGCUCUGGUGGCACUAGAGAAGGAGCUACUCCAGCUAAGAGCGAAGCACGGCGACUUGCCCAAGUUGUCUACGAAGAGGAUUCUAUCUCCUGAGAUAUAUGAACAAGCCCCAGAGUCAGAAGCGCCACUCGUCGCACAGGGGUGGCUGUCACGCCUUUCCUCGUACAUUCCGUUUGGUCAACUUGUCGAGACGACCGAGUCUGCGCCUAAUACCCAGCCCACAACAGAAAAGCCUGCCUCAAUAACCCAAAGUUUGGACCUGUCUGCUACAUCGACUAGUCAGAACCCAUCUGCAUCGCAGAAGUCGUGA